UGCCGCGGCCAGACAACACGUACUUGAUUUGCAAUGGAUCGCGCGGCUCAAGUGGCGAGGGAGAAUGCAGAGAUCAGAGGACACGUGGUGGACCCAAACCUGCGCGAGAAGUACGAGACAUCGCCGCAGACGGCGCUAAGUGACGCGCUGUCUGACACUGAGGCUCCACCCAACAGCCUGGUGACAUAUCGCAAUGGCAAGAAGGAGUACAUCCCAGAGGACGUCCUCUCCGGCAAGGUCUUGGGCCUGCUCUUCGGCGCCAAUGGCCCGGUGUGUUGCGGCUUCGUGCGCGUGCUUGCCAAGGUCUACAAGGCUGUGAAGAAGGAGGAGACGGAUCCUUUCGAGGUAGUGUACGUCUCAGCUGAUACCAGCCGGCGAGAGUUCAAUCGCUUUGUGAAAACUAUGCCAUGGUUGGCCGUUCCUUUCCGGGACAACACCGCCACCUUCUACCGUUUCGGAGUGCCCACAGAUGUUCGGGCCUGGCCGAAGCUGGUGAUCCUUGGCCCCGAGAACGAGGUGAAGUACAACGACGUGUCCCAGAUUGUGCGCACUUGCAACGAAGAGAAGAAGCCAUGGGCCUUUGGCUCCAUUCUGGCCUCGUCAUGGAAUGAGACCUUCAUCAAGAGGCGGUUCCAGGCUCUCUUCGGACCGGCGUGGUCGGCAGAGUGAGCA